UUUGUGACAUUUAAAUAAAAAAAUCGGAGCGAUUUCUCGGUUUUUCAUAGACAAAAAUACGGAGCGCGAGACAGAUUCCCCUCCGCAUGAGAGGAGAAAUUUCUGUGACACCGAUAUAAAACGCACCGAGAAUUCGCGCGCGCCUCUUUCGGCGAGAAAUUUUGCAGCAGGUAUACUUGUUUGUCGUGACGAUUUGAAAACAAAAAAUCACGACGAAGGAAUUCCGAGGACGACGAGCGUGUGAACUGACAUUUUGUUCUUGUUCGGAAUUUUGCGGUAAAUUCACAUUGCGGCGUUUCACGUUCACGUUCGAGCUGACGUUCGAGGACUAUUGUCGAUGAUUGAUAUCGACAGAGCACCUCAUUCCGUGACGUGGAAACAAAGCGGAACGAGAAAACAACGUGUUCUUGAGGACGAAGGAGACACAGCACCGUGAGGAAGAAGGGUUUAGAAUUUGCGAACCGGUCUCAAAGUGCGCGUAAAUAUUGCGUGAGGUGCGAUAGUGCAGAAGAGGAAGCUAAAAGGAAGAAAGAAAGGAAGGGAGGAGGAAGAGAAGUUAGGGCGGACGAAAUAAACGGGAGGAGCGAAGAUAUGUCCGCCGUCGAGAGUGCCUUGGACGUCCUCUCCAGAGCAGCGACAAUGGUGCAAGAGGAGAGACCAAAGGCGACGAAUUUACAUCGAAAGCCGAGUAGUGCGUGGCGCAAAGAACGCAGAAGAGAUCCUAUUCAAAGCGAAGCAUUGGACAUGUCGCAUCACAGCAGACCAAGCGUCAUCGUCUCUACAUCGCCGCAGAACGGCAACACAAAUGAGGACAAGGUUGUGAAGUCCACGUCGACGCGAGUAUCCACUAACUCUUCGUCGAGGAGUACCGGAUUUAGGACGCCCGGUGGUGCCAGCGAUCCCGAGAUCGAAGCGCACUUCAAACGAUCACUCGGUCCGAAAAAAUAUGCUGCCGUUUUUAACGUUACUACCAAUGACAAAGAUACAAGUCCGAAUAAUGCUGACGCAGUUGACGAUCACUUCGCGAAAGCGCUCGGCAAGGACUGGAAGCAGAUUCAAGCGACGGUUCGAAAGAAGGAGUCCACAUAACCACCGGACAAAUUUGCCAGGAAUCUUGUCGAAAUCCUCAUCGUCGUUUAAUAUUACCGCGUUACAACUCGUUCGGGGUUGAAAUCGUUCCAGUCUCGCUCGCUAUUUGUGUACUAGGUAAUAAGUUAUUGUCGUUAAGAGUUAACCGAAUUCUCGCGUCUGCAUUCGAAGAAUCUGUAUCGAAGCAAAUAAAGUUAAGUGACUUAAACAUACGCUGAAAAUUGAACUGUCAGGCGGUACGUUCUCGUUAAUAUUCACGAUUCGCUCUUUGUCUUCGAAGUAGUAGAACUUUAUUGAUGAUUAAAUUAAAAGUUAACGAAGUCAAUAUUUCAAGUAAUAAACGCACGAUAAAAUAAGAAAAAAAAAUAAAAAAAAAAAAAAAACAAUUUAAUCAUAUUAUAAAAAAUAUUUGUUUGUAUAAAUUUGCUUAUUAUCAAUCCUACGUGAAAAUUAUCUUUUUUUAUGUAUAUAAAAUUGAAAAAAAUUUUUAUUUGCGUUUAAAGCUUGUGGCAUACACGAUGUGGCAUAACAAUGUUCUUUUGCACAUGCUAGAUCGUACGAGAGCAAUAGAAUCGAUCAAUUGCGAAUCUGGUAUAGAGAAAAGCAUUGUGUGCCGCGAACUCAGAUUAAUUUUGUUUUUAUUUUUAUUAAACAUCUUUCUAUACUUCGUAAUUUCAAUUUAUAUAUUGUUUUUUUUGUUUGUUUAAAUUCUAACUGUGUCGUACUUUGUCUUAAUUUGUACGUACCGCAUUGUAUAAGGAGGAUAUCAAGUGUCCUUGAUCUUCUCGCUUUUCAACUGGUCUCCUUGUCGUCGCUUUUUGAAACACGCGUGUAAUAAGACGCCAGGAAGACUGCUACGCGCUGUAUUUUGUACAGUAAAUGCACGUUGAACGAAUUUGAUAGUGUUAUUGUAUAUAUAGGCACGUAUUUCCUUAAAUGCCAUCGCCAGUCAUUAUCAUAUAGUUCCGAGUUGCGUACGAAUAUGAACUCUCUCUUAUUUAUUAUAACAUUUCACGUAUUUCCUCGCAAAGUAAUGUAAGUUUAUUAUGUUAUUUACGUGAACGUGUGCGACAAUAUGUACACUCGCGAACGAUGAUGCGUCCCUUCCUAAUAGAAACAAAUACGAUAAUGCGAGUGCUAUUUUGUAAUUUGAUCGCGUAAAAUUUUUGUUUUUAGACGAAUACCUGAUAUUUGCAGGUCAUAAUUAUUUUAUAUUCGGAACAAUUUUCUGAGAUUUUUUUCAAGAAGAAACAUCUAAAUUAACAUUUAGAUGUAUACAAGAAAUUUUGUAUGAAAUGUCUCGCGUUAUAAUUGUAAUAAUAUAUUUUUACAAAUUAUAUCGUUCAUCUAUAGAUAAUAUAGCUAUUUAAAAAGAGUUUAAAGAAUUAAGACGCGCUUAAUUGUUUUUUUUUUUUUUUUUUUUCAAUUAGGGAGAUUGGAUCAUUAUCCGCGAGUAUAUUGUAUAGCGUUUCUAUUUCUUACGAAUGAAGCUCGUAAGAGACACAGCUGAUAACUUUAACACACGCAUUAAUUAUAAACGCCAUAUAUCACAUCUUCAUGGUCAUAGUAUCGUAUUUGAUAAAGACAAGAUUCGUAUACUGUAAAAAUCAAACAGAAGAAUGUGUAAAAAAAUAAUAUCAGUGAUAAACAAACAAGAUAAAGAGAAAACCACGUUA